AGCAGUACACUAUUGGGACCUUUUCGCAAAGUUAGUUUCUGAUCGGAAUAAAACUCGAAGACCAAAGGGGAACAUCUAGUCGGCUCUCGAAGCUCCGGAGCGGUCACGAAAAUGGCGGAAUCGGUCGUCUUCGGUGCAUCUCAGUCGUCUCUUCUUCUCCUCCAGCAGAAGCCGAGCUCAUUAUUCGCCACCAACUCUCUUCUGGCUCCAUCUUCCCAUCAGUUCUCGAGCUCCGGGCUCAUCCGAUUGAGGAUUUCCCUUACGAGACAGGGCUCGAAUCCGGGGCAUGUUAUUGCGUUUUCCUCCGGCGGCGGGAGUGGCGGAGGCCCUGUAGGUGGCGGCGGCGGUGGAGGUCGGUAUGGUGAGAACGGGGGUGAGGGGGAAGAGGAGGAGGAGGAGAAGAAGACCGGGAUGUCAAUGUCACAAAAGUUGACUCUGGGCUAUGCUGCUCUUGUCGCAGUGGGUGGUGUCAUGGGAUACCUGAAGAGUGGAAGUCAGAAGUCGCUCGCUGCUGGUGGAGUAUCAGCUGCACUAUUGUAUUAUGUCUACUCUCAGCUUCCCUCAAGACCGGUCUUCGCAUCUUCAAUUGGACUUGGAAUAUCAGCUGCUCUUCUAGUGGUGAUGGGCUCCCGGUUUAAGAAGUCAGGGAAGGUAUUUCCUGCUGGAGUUGUGUCUCUUGUCUCGCUCGUUAUGACUGGUGGCUAUCUCCACGGGAUUCUCCGCAGCAUGCACUAAGACAAGCUUCGAGCUACGUACUGAGGCAAGCUCCAAGCAAUCGAUCAGGAUGCCAUAAAAGAAAUUGCGUGGGUGUAACUGAACUUGUCUUCGAGUUCGAUCUGUACCUCUUUAUGUAGAUGCCAGAGUGUGUCUUAUGGACCUUAUGGUUGUAGCCUGAAUGGAACAGUGUUUUCUUGAUGCGAAAUAUGAAGCACAUGAGGACCUGUCAAAUUAGCUCAUUUCGUCAAAUCUUUUGUACAAGGCCCUGUUUGUGGCCUGGCUUUUUUGAAACUAUAGCCGAGCCGCUGCCUUAUCAAACUACAACUCUUUUGGAAAA